UUACCGCCAUUACCGCCAUUACCACCGUUACCACCGUUGCCGCCGCCACCGGACUCACCUCCCCUGAGUCCACCACCGACAGGACUCGCGGAGGAGCACCGGCGUUCACCGUUCGACCCCGGGGACGAAUCGGCCGGAGACGAGAGGCGGUCGACGCGAGCCGCCAGGGACGAGCAGCUGGACGAGGCCAGGCGAUUCAUCGAGAGCCAGUUCGACGAGCAGCGACGUCUCGCGUCCCGACGCUUCGACGAGGAGCACCAGCGGCAGACCGGCGCCUCGCGGACCUGCUACGCGGACAUCUCGCCGCCGAGGAUCACUCUGCGCAACGAGUUCGACGAGGCGGUGGACGAAGAGUUCCGGGCGAUGUCGGACGACGGCGACCCACCGCCGUUGCCUAUUCUUGAGGAGGAGGAGGAGCUCGACGAGGAGGACCGCCUCUACGACAACGUGCCCGCGAUGAAGUACUCCAGUGGCGACCACGUGCGCAUGGAGGUCGGCCGCGGGGACAGCUCGGAGGACAUGCACGAGAAGUACGCGAACCUCGCGACGCUGGCCGCCAGGACCGCGGCCAGGGAGGACGAGUGGUCGUUCGAGGACGAGAGGAGGGACCGGCCCUCGGCCCGCAGAGAGAAGACCGGCUCGGCGAAAUUCGAGCGCGGCUUCUCGGAGCCCGUCGAGACGGCCAGGUACCACGAGACCAGGUCCACCGAGAGGCCGGUGGUGGUGCCGAUCCGCGCGAAGUCCACGCCCUAUUACUCCACCACCAGCCUGAGCGGCGAGUCGACCACGUCCAGCCCUCCGAUGCAGAUCAGAACGCAGAUCCGCACGAAGACGAUGCCGUUCCCCUCGAGCAGGAGCCCGCAG